AUGAGAAUAAAUCACAAAAAAGGCAAAGUAAGUCUUGUCACUAUAUUAUCAGUGGUGAUGAUUGAUAAGAUACUGGUGAAUGAAAAAAACUUGGAAUUAUUUUUACUUCUCCCUACAACUACUAACGUUAUUAAUUGGAAAAGGUUAUAUUUAUUGAUUGGCGAGAUGACUAAUGCUGGCAAAGGCAAGAUCGCGCAAUGUGCCGAAGAAGAAUCUGUCUAAUGUUUAGAAGAUUUUCAGAGCCCACAUCAUAAUGAUUUAAAAACCGAAGAAGAUGAAUCGUUGUUAACUAAGGAUAAAUCAUCGGUUUACAAGUUACCGACCCAGACACGUCUCAAACUUUCCAUUCGUAAAUGGAAUGUGGUGGCGAAAUGGCGAUGGAGUAUCGGUGAGGGCCCGUGCGGAAUUUGUCGCGAAACGUUUGACUCUUGUUGCGUUACGUGUCAAACGCCUGGUGACGAGUGUCCUAUUGCCAUCGGUAUAUGCCGUCAUGCCUUCCAUAUGCACUGCAUAGUGAAGUGGACAAAAUCACAAAAAAUGGCUUAUCCGCUGUGUCCUUUAUGCCGACAGAAAUGGGAGUUUGCACCGAUGGAACAUACCAGUGGUUGUCCAAAGAGCUAA